AUGAGUCUGGUGACGUGUGCGGUGCGAUCUGCGAGCCUGGUCCGGUCGGUGGGCCAACGAAAGCGUACCAGUGGAGCCGGGACGGGCAACAUGCUGGAGGCUAGCGACACGACCGGAAGCUGCCGAGGUAGCAGCGCCUCCACCGGGAACCGCACCAACCCUAACCUCGACGUCGACGACAGCCCCAUCCCGGCCGAUCUGCGCUGGAUCGAGCGGAUGGUGAUGGAAGCCGAACAGCAGUACCCUGGCGAGCUAGUACGCACCGACAGCCCAUACUUUCUCUGUUCCGCCCUGCCGAACCACUGGCGCUCGAACAAAACGCUCCCAAGCGCCUUCAAAGUGAUCUCGCUCGGUGAUGUCAGCGACGGAACGAUGGUCACCAUCCGGGCUGGCAACGACGAGAACUUCUGUGCCGAGCUGCGGAACUGCACGGCCGUGAUGCGCAAUCAGGUGGCCAAAUUCAACGAUCUCCGCUUCGUGGGCCGCUCCGGACGAGGGAAAAGUUUCACGCUUACCAUCACGAUCUGCACGACACUGCCACAGGUCACGACGUACUGCAAAGCGAUUAAGGUGACGGUGGAUGGUCCACGGGAGCCACGAUCGAAGACGAAUAUGCCACAGAUGCGUCCACCACCGUUGCAUCGGUUUCUGGAGCAGCCCGCGUUCAACCAUCAUCACUAUCCUGGCCGGUCGGCGUACGGUGGCACGAACGGGAGCAACGGCAUCGGCUCGAGCCCCGGGAGCGGUGGGCUUAGCGGUGGGCUUGGCGGUGGGGGUGGUGGGGGCGGCAGCAACGGGGGCGGCGGUGGAGCCGGAGGUCCUGCCAGCGGAAACGGCAAAUCCUCGUCUGUCAACUACAGCGGCACCGGCACGGGCCUUCAUCCGCAUCAUCACCACCAUCAUCAUCAUCAUCACCAGGGGGGCCACGGGGGUGGCGGAACUGGUGGUGGUGGUGGUGGGGGAGGAGGCAAUAUGACCAUCAAUACCAGCGCCGAAUCGAGCAGCGAUUACAAACCUAAUCUCGCGCUUUCAGACUACACCAGUGCCGGUGACUGGACGAACGGGUUGGGGGCACCAUCGAGCACGUCCUACAUGAGCACCUUCUCGCCGGUGUUGCAGGCAAGUCCUCCGUCGUACGUGGCGUACGAAUCCUGCCCGAUGGUGGAUCAUCCCAAUUACAGUCUACCGACGUCCGCCGGAGUGUUUCUAGACAACAUACAACCGUACCAGGACUAUUACGCGCUUUCGGGGCCACCUCCACCACCGGUGGCCGCUGUGGCGCCCUCGGCUAGCUCUCAGGCUGGUUCUCAGCUCGGUGGUCAACUCGCGAGCACCGGAACCGGAUCCGGGUACGUCAGUAAGUCAGGAGAUCUCGUAGAACCGAGCGGUUACUCGUAUCCACACCACGCACAGUGGACCAACGGGUAUCAUGGAGGCUAUCAUCACGCGCAUCAGUACAAUCAUCCUGUGGCGCCAGCUCCCGGUUGUGGAUCUUCGCUCGCCGUGGCCACUCAAUCUCCGGCCAGCUAUCACACACCGGCUGCCGCUCCACCCCCACCGCCGAUGGUGCUGUGUCCGCAGAUGUUCAGCACCGUCAACCAGAACCAGAUUCACGUGCACCUGCACGGGUCGGGAAGCGAAAAGUUCGAGCAUUACUUCGGUUCCACGGAUAACGGGUUCACGAUUAAUUCCUUCCCGGGGCCGAGCAUUCGAUCAGUGGCCGCACCGGUAGCAUCCUCGCUAUCCGGUUCCUCCGUGGACAUCGGUCUUGGAACGACACAUCCGGACGGAUCUGGGGGACCCGGGGUGGCCACCGGGGACACGGCACUGACGGCGCUACUAUCCGCCCACCACGAGGAUUCGCAUCAGCAACCGCAGCAGCAACAUUCGGCGGCUCAAGACCAACAACAACAACAACAACAACAGCAGCAACAGCAGGACGACAGCCGGGGCGAGGAAUCGGUGACCGGAGAUCCGAGCAGCGUGUGGCGGCCGUAUUGA